CGAUAACUCUUUUAUAAAACUUCGUCACCAUGGGCAAGACUUCUAUCAACUUUCUUUUCACCGAUAGCCGGUCUGUCAAACCCACAAGGGAGUGGGCAGACCUGCUGAGGUCCAAUAAGGAUCAGUACGCUGAUUGUCGAGUCGUGUCUUUUACACGUGUCAAGGAUCUGAACUCGGACUGGAAGCACGAACUGGGUUACCUUUGGCCCGGCCGAGACGAAAGCCCUCGGCAGCAAGGGGAAGACAGACAUGCCUCUCCCUCUAACCUCGUUGGUCUUCGGAGGCCCGUCCGGGGAUGAUGUU